GUUGCUCCUUAUAGAACAUUUCUUUUUCGCUUUUCUUGUGGCUGUUUUUCCCCUGCUAGCACUCAGUAUGUCUGGGCGCGGGAAGCAAGGAGGCAAAGCUCGCGCUAAGGCUAAGACCCGGUCAUCGCGAGCCGGGCUCCAGUUCCCCGUGGGCCGAGUUCACCGCCUGCUCCGAAAGGGCAACUACUCCGAGCGGGUCGGUGCUGGGGCCCCCGUGUACCUGGCGGCGGUGCUGGAGUACCUGACGGCUGAGAUCCUGGAGCUGGCGGGCAACGCGGCCCGCGACAACAAGAAGACGCGUAUCAUCCCGCGCCACCUGCAGCUGGCCAUCCGUAACGACGAGGAGCUCAACAAGCUCCUGGGUCGCGUGACCAUCGCUCAGGGUGGCGUCCUGCCCAACAUCCAGGCUGUGCUGCUGCCUAAGAAGACCGAGAGCCACCACAAGGCCAAGGGCAACGUGAGAACCAAUUAGAUCACAGCGCGGGAACUAGGAAUCAGACUGAUCUGCACCCAUACGUAAGGUCAGAACCGGCACCAGCACCAUACUACUCUCCAGCCAGUUUCCUUUUCUGUUAUCGUCAUGGCUCGUA